UUUUUUAUUUUUUAUUUUUCAAUAUAUAAAUGUCUAAAUAUGAAUGUGACUUAUUUUAUAGUAGACUAAUAAUGUUCUAUAUUUUAUAGGUUUCUCUUCGCAUAAAGAAUUAUUAUUUCUUGACAGAUUUUCAUCAAACGGAUUUUCAUCAAAGUUAUAUCACGAAUUUUCAUCAAUCAAUUACAGGUAAAAAAUAUAUUAAUUAAUUUAAAAAAUGCCAAAAAUAAAAAGGAAAUAUUAUCGAAGAGCACAAGCGAUAACUAAUCUAGUAAUUAAUACUGUUCAAAGUGAGAAUGUAACGCCGUUAUUAGAAAGUACACCUUCAGUUUCAAAUAAUAAUUUAGAGAAUAAUAAUCACUUAAAUUAUAAGGAUUGCAAUAAUUUUCAGUAUAUCAAUAAUGAUUUAGAAGCCGUGAAUAAUUAUAAUUCGGACAGUGAUUCCGAUGAUCAUACAGAACGUAAUUUUGUGAAUAACUGUGAAUCUACAAAUUCUACUUCUGAUUCUCCAAGUUGUAUAUCUUGGUUGCAAGAAUGGGCAAUUAGAAAUAAUAUAACUCAUACUGCGUUAAAUGAAUUAAUAUCUAAUAUAAAACCUAAAUAUCCAGAUUUGCCUAAAAAUGCUCGCAGUUUAUUAGGAACUCCCAGGAAAGUCAAUGUAGACAUCGUUGCACCAGGACAUUACUAUCAUUUUGGUUUAAGUAACUGCAUCGAAAGACUUUUAUCGCGAUGUUCUUUUCAAAAUUUACACUGUAUUGAAGUUAACAUUAACAUCGAUGGUCUACCAUUAUUCAAGAGUUCAAGUAGUCAAGUUUACCCUAUUUUAUGCAAUUUAGUCGGAAAUUACAAUGAAGUUGAUGUCAUUGGAAUUUAUCACGGAUAUGAAAAACCCACAGAUGCCAAUGUAUUUUUACAAUCUUUCACAGAAGAAGCAAAAAAUUUAACUAUUCAUGGUAUAAAAAUUAAAGUUCACACUUAUUCAUUUAAAAUUAAAUCUUUUAUAUGCGAUGUUCCUGCUACAUCUUUUAUUACUUAUACAAAGAGUCAUUCGGGUUAUUAUGCAUGUUUUAAAUGUACAGCUAAGGGCGAAUAUUAUCUCAAUAGAAUGAUUUAUCCAUAUUUGAAUAGUUGUCAAUUAAGAACAGAUAACGAUUUCCGAUUAAAAUUACAGGAAAACCAUCAUACAGGUACAUCAAUACUUGAAUCGAUUCCUAAUAUAAAUAUGGUGAAUGAUUUUCCCUCUGAUCCGAUGCAUUUAAUAUUCUUGGGAGUUGUUAAAAAAUUGAUUUCUUUAUGGUGUUACGGAAAACCUAAAACAAAGUUAUCCUUUUAUCAAAUUUCUGAAAUAUCAAAGUUAUUAGAACAUACAAAAAAAUAUAUAGGGUAAAGGCAGGCAUUAUGGCCAGGCAGGUAAUAUGGCCACAACGCCCGUAUUAAAUAUUCUAAACAUUGAUAAACAUCAAUAAUGUAUAAAAACCAAUUAUUGUAGCUAUUCUUGAAGUUUGGUAAAAAAAAUCUCUCUAUUUUGUUGUUAUUUGUGGUUUGGUGCUUCAUUGUUCUCCAUAACCAUCAAAAUAUAUACGUCAAAGUGAGACAUGGCACUUCCAACUAAGUAAGAUUUUCAAAUUAAAACAAAAUAAUUUUGGCUUUUCUCAUUACACAUUUCAAAACCUAAACCUUGGCUAUAUUUUUAUAAUAAAUUUAUCGUGCUUUGCCCAUUAUUUUGAUAAUUAUAAUGCACAUUAUUAAAUGUAUGCUUGUCGGCUAAUAUGGCCAGCGACAAAGGUAGCUACUAUGGCCAGCGAGUACAACAAAGUAUAGAGUACGCCAGUGCUGAGUGUGAUAACAGCGAAGAAAGAAAAUAAUUAUUUCUCACAAUUUAUUAAUAAAUUGUGAGAGCACGGCG